AUUAGCCAAUCAGGGCGCAGGAAGGUCGGCGGAGCCUCGUCCUGCUUCAGAGCUGAGUCUGAAUCUGAGCUGAAAACAAAGCUGUAGAGUUUACAUCUGUAGCCACGCGCACUGAGCCCUCUGCACGCGCUUUACUGGUUUCAGUUCUACAUGCCUUAGCUUCUUCAAAAGAACCAGUUCUGCAGCCAUUAGCCUCGUUCACCAACCAGAUUUCUCGGCCAAAGUGUUCCAGCAUCCGUUGCUAAUAUGAACUGGGCCUUCCUCCAGGGCCUCCUGAGCGGGGUCAACAAGUACUCCACUGCCUUCGGUCGUGUGUGGCUCUCGGUCGUCUUCCUUUUCCGGGUCAUGGUGUUCGUGGUUGCGGCGGAGAAGGUGUGGGGGGACGAGCAGAAAGACUUUGUGUGUAACACGGCCCAGCCGGGCUGCCACAACGUCUGCUACGAUUAUUUCUUCCCUGUGUCUCAUGUACGUCUUUGGGCGCUGCAGCUGAUCUUCGUCACGUGUCCCUCGCUUCUCGUGGUGCUUCACGUGGCCUACCGGGAGGAACGAGAGCGAAAGCACAGGCUGAAGUUUGGUGAAGGCUGUCAGCGGCUCUACCAGAACACCGGCAAAAAGCGUGGAGGCCUUUGGUGGACGUACGUUCUCUCGCUGAUCUUCAAGAUGUUGGUGGAUGGCACUUUUGUCUACUUGAUCUACUACCUGUACGAGGGCUACACCUUCCCAUCGCUGGUCAAGUGCACGCAGGAUCCCUGCCCCAACAUGGUGGACUGCUUCAUCUCACGACCAACAGAGAAGAGGAUCUUCACGCUCUUCAUGGUGAUCACCAGUCUGGUGUGCAUCCUCCUCUCCCUCUUCGAGAUCCUGUACCUGAUGGGCAAGCGCUGCUGCGAGUGCUUCUCCAAGUUCAAGGGCUCCAGGCAAGUGGCCCGGGCCACUUCCAUCCCCAGCAUCAAGAACACCAGUGGCCUACUGGAGACCAACACCAAGCGAUUGGUGGGCAAAGGUGAACCUGCCCCGGCAUACAUGGUGACAGUUGCAUUGUGAAAAGAAGCUGUAAUAAAAUCUCAAAAGACUUAAAACCCAAGGGAACCAACUGGACGAUGACAGAAAACCACUGGAGUAUUUAUCUCCUAGAGAAAGGUAUCGAGUAGCAAGGGUUUACUGCCUUAAACUCUGUGUUUUAUAUUCAGUUAAUAACCAAGACACUCAAGUGGGUUCCUCAGGAAGGUCAUGUCUCAAGAGGCAUCAAUCUGGGACACCGGAAACUCAAGAGUUUACAAAGGGCAAGUUGGACCAGAGUGGUUUCUAAAGCUCACUCAGGAGUGAGAGAGGUGGGCAGUGAUACAACAAGGUUAUUUAACUCAAGGAGAGAAAUGGUUUAGCACCUUAAACUCACAAGAUUUAAAAGGGCCAUCAGUAGGUUGUCUCAAGAGGCAAGAAUCUCUAGAGUAGGCACAUUGAGCCAGAGUGGUUCCUGACAAAGCUCCAUUGAAAAAAGUCAGGGAGAUGGACAAUAGAAUAGAAUAACCACAAAGCCUGAAAACUUUGAGUUCAACUCAAAGUAGGAGAACAACCUUUGGGCUCUGAAUCAAAGCGGACAGGAAAAGGCAAGCAAGGUCUUCUGUCAUCCUCAGAGAUUCAGAGCAGAAAGAUUGAGCAAAUAGUGAAUGACGCUUUGUGCGAAUACUAUGCAGGUUCACGCCCAAGUACAGGCUAGGACACAACAUGCGAGGAGAUCAAAUUUCUGUCAGUACAUGUCGAUUGAUUGUUUUUGCCUUUAUCUUUGACUUACUGAUGGUGGAAGGCCAAAAGUUGGAGAAUUUGGUAAUGAACAAAAGGUUCCUGGAUUGGAUCCUAACUCGUGUUUAUUGUUUUCCCAGGUAAAGCACUAUAGUGUUAAAAAUGUCACAUUAUAGUUAAACUAUGCAGUAGAUCAGGGGUGUCCAUUGUUAUUAUGGAGUGUAAGAAAAUAUCAAUAUAUUGAAAUUAGACCUGUUACGAUAAAUUAUUGUGAACGAUAUGUUGUCCUAGAAAUUGUUGCAACAAACAAUAUUAUUGCCAUUUUAAGACCAUUAAAUGCCACUAAUAUAAUGAUAACAUAAUAUUACACCCUUUUUAAGACAACAAGCUUGUUCUGUUCUGGUUCCCACACUUAAUUUUGAACCGUUUGGUGCAUUUCACCAACAGAAAUAGGUUCUGGAACCUGAAAAGUUCCCAGUUGGAACCAAAGUUAUAGUAGGUUCAACUUUCUCUGUUGAUGACGUAUUCUUUGACAUAUCCUUAGUUCCACUAAAACUUGUGUAAACGCAGGCUGGUUCACUGAAAAUCACCAAGUUUCUUAUAAGCCAGAACGGAAACAGUUCCAGAACCAUAGUUCUUUUGGUGGAAAAUGGCUAUUGAAUAACUGGUCCUUGUGCGACUGGCUAAAAUACUGUUUAUUGUUAUAUCUAUAUGUUUGUAAGUGUAUAUGUAUGUCAAAAAACGCACAAACAUAAUGGGCAAUAUUUUGAUUGUUAAUAUGAUAUAAACAUGUGUAAUUAAGUGUGCUGCUAGUUGUUUAGAAUGAAAACUUACAGCCACACCAACCAUUGGACAUCCCUGCACAAGACUCUGAAAUCUGCUCAUCCCUGCUCUGAAAUGAGAAAUAAAGAGCGAAUUAGCUUUUUUCAGAGCACUUACAAAAUACAGAGGUAGAAAACAUAUAAUUACAUGAGCAGUAGCUCAUACUUUUUACACAAGUGCCUAAAUCUCAAAAUGUUACUUAUUCAGGGUGAUGAGAAUAUUGUUUCUGUUAUGAAACGAUAAAAAUCUUGAUACUUGUUAAUACUGAAACACUUAAAAGCAUGUUUUUUGCACUUUCAUUAGGAUGUUUAUGAGUUAAAUACACCCUGUUCCAACAAGCUAAAUGAAUGAAAAAUUAAAUGUUGUAAUUUUAUGUCUAACAAAUUUCUAAGUAUUUCCUUUUUAAAAUGGAAAGAAGAUCUUCUUCAAAAAAGAAGAUAUUUUUAUUAUAAUUAUUUGAAUGUCUUGGGCAGUGGAGAAAUGAUCUGUGAAUCUGUUAAUCUGGACAGUAGGGGUCAUAGUCUGGACUUCACAUAGACCUCACAGUUUAGUACUAGUGUGUUACAAUAGGAAAACAAAAUGUAUGACUCCUCUCUGUACUGGUGGACAGUUUGAGCCAGAUGCCACCAAUCAUGAUCAUUACUUCGGGUGGGAAUCACAGGGCAUCUCACGAUAUUAUCACAAUACAUUGCCAACAAUACCAGUGACACAAUACUGUGAUUCUGCGAUUAUUGAUAUAUCACAAGACAAUUCUUUACAAAAAACAUUUCACAACCAAUAUUUUUCAAUGCAGUUUUACCCUAUUAAUUUUAUUAGCAUCACCAGGUGGAGUAAUGAAGCAGUAACUUCAGCAGUAAGUUUUGUUUCAAUAAAGAUAUAAAUAUUUGACUCCACAUACCAAUACAAUAUAAUCAAAAUGAUAAAGAUACAUCAUGAUAUUGUAGACCCAUUCAUAUAUAUCAAGCAGGUCAAUGCAGCUAACUAAGUAAAGUUAAGUAAAGCUAAGCUUAGCAAACAGUAAUACAAAAUAAUACAACUGUAAUAAAAAAAAUACUUGACUUGAAAUAUUUCUCUCCUGAAAACUGUUUAUUUGGGUGAGUAAAGCACUUCUGUUUAUUUAUAGUAAUCUUAGAUUCCCAAAUUUCAUUAGCAUUAGCUGCUGAUUGCUAGCUCCAGUAAGCCAGGGCAAUAUUAUCUAGCGAUUCGUUCCAUGUAGCUUGUUUUAACACUGUAAAUAUGUGCGUUACAGUCCGAUAUACUCACCUCUGAACGACAAAAGAGCUAGUGUGUUUAAUGGCUAAUGCUAAUGCUAGCUGGGGUUAGCAGCAGGCUACAGGCCGAUAAUACUCACCUCUGAACAGGGCAACAGCGGUUAGCGUCUAAUGCUAAUGCUUCUCCAGCCCUGGUGCUGGAGAACUUAACUGAAACUCCUGUAUAGCGCUGUACUUUGCCAGAGUGGUUUACAGCUCCUUUAAAUCUGACUGGAAAAAAUUAUACAUAGGGCGCACUGUAUUAACAAAAUUAAAUUUUAAAUUUAUAGUUUUAUAGCUUUAUAGUGUGAAAAAUACGGUAGCCAGGCACAGCUAAUCAUGACCAUUAGCACCCACAGUGGACAGCACAUAUGAGUGUAUUGGAUGAAAUCUAUACACUCCUUUCUUUGAAUAGAGCUCAGGAAAUAGGUUUGCUAAGAUGCUCAAAUAACACAUAUUGUUGAUUAAAUCGCUAAACACUAGCAUUCCUGAUAAGCAGUUUUACAGAUCAUUUUCUCAGAUGCCUCAGAGACCUCUGCUCUCUGAAACCAAAGCCAGUGUACACACUUUUAAACCACUGUUAGCUCAGUGCAGUCCUGUGUAAAGUGUUUAGAGCUUCAGUACAGUGAAAGCCAAAUGUAAUGUAACGAUUUCCGUUGAGUCAUGCUUUAUACUUUUUAUUUGUUUUACAUCUGGAUGGGCUUUUCCUUUGAGAAAAACAUGAGAAAAAUGUUCCGACCGUAUUAACUAUUUCCGUUCUGCGCAUACAAUGACUCACUGGCAACGUUUGACCGCAUACCAGGACAGACAGUCGCUCCACAUUGUGAUAAAACAGCCAGAUAUUGUAAGAUGAUUCGGAUAUAUUCUGUAUUCCCAUGAACCAUUUAUUUCACCAUUGCAUUUUCCCUAAAGGAAGCUGUAAACUAAUGCUUCACUGCCAGUCUGUUUACGUCCUGUGGAGGCCCGCUUGGCCACAGGAAUUUUGGUUGAUGCUAGUUUAUGUUUAUGUUCUUUUUUUUGUAUGUAACUUGUAUGUGCAUUCCUUUUGUACUUAUUAGUUACCUUCUGAGCUUUAUGCAAGCAGCUACUCCACUGCCUCGACAUGUGCACUUUGUGCAGGACCCCUCAAGGCUGAAUGCAGCAGAACUAGAUCCAGUUAUGGACAGGUUUACGUUGUUUUGACGACUAAAUUCCUUCGCCCACGGAAGGCAGGCCUUCUACACCUUCAAGGCAAAAGCAGACAUACUGUAUAAUUUCCUCAGUGCGAGUUGCAGUACUGCUCUGCGACAGGUCCCGUCAUGAGCGACUAGAGUCUUUCCAUGUUGUUUUUUUGUUUGUUUUCACGAGCUGAUACGUCUCCAGGUCUGCAGCUGCCUAGGCUUGUUCUACGAUCAAUUCAGAUGCGCGAGAGGGAGAGCGCGACAGAGCGAGAGCGCGGUUGGCUUUUGUCUCAUAAACACGCAUCUUCUGAAUGUAAACCGUACUCAGCGUGGAUUUCCUCUGUUUGGCCUCCAUCUUCCCAACAUUCCUUCCUGCCUACCAUGUGCAUCUGUACUGUUUACAAUUUCAGAUUCAUUAAUUAAAGUGACUUUUGUAUUUUCUUAA